GAAACCUUGUUCAGGGUAUAAACUGAAGGAGAUGAGUGGUAGUAAUAUUUUUUAUGCUGAUGGUGAAGAUGAUGCCUCAGAAUCUGGAACUGUUAAUGGUAACUUUAACAACCGGACAUCUGUCCGCAUUGUUCAGCAAGCUGCAAACGGGAUAAGCCAGAUUUCAUUCAGUACUGAAGAAAGGAUCUCUCCCAAGAAACCUAGCACUCUGACUGAAGUGGCAAAGCAGAGAGAGUUGAGUGGAACACUAGAAAGUGAGCCAGAUAGCAAAGUGAAAAAGCAGCUGUCAAAUGCAAAGAGCAAGGAACUCAGUGGAAAUGACAUCUUUGGCCCUCCUGCAGAAAUUCCUCCUAGAUCUUUGGCUGCUGCCCGAUCCAUGGAGUCAAAAGAAAGCAAGGACAUGGGUGAACCUGCUCCACGAGCUGUACGGACGUCUGUCAAGGUUUCUAAUCCUGCUGGUGGUCAAAGCAAUAUCUUGUUUGGUGAUGAACCUGUUGUCAACACAGUAAAGAAAAUACAUGACCAGAAGUUUGCAGAGUUGACCGGCAAUGACAUUUUCAAGGGAGAUGUCCCUCCUGGAUCUGCAGAAAAGCCACUGA